CCAUCUCUCUUAUCUUUUUCUUCUUUCACAGUUUCUUCGCUGGUAAAACAACGAACGAAGGAGCAAACGCACCGACACGAAUCGUCCGACACGACCCGAAACACCUGUACCGAAUCGUCACCGAUAUUUCAGCUCUCAUUUGCCGAUAUUAUUAUUUACCUAUAUUAUUAUCUCGUCCUGGACUUCAAAUCUGUAAGUGUCGAAAUCCCUCACCCAUUCGGCUGACAUGAAAUCCUCAGCUCAAAACGGCACGCUUUUAUUUCUCGAGCCCUAUAAUCGAUCCAUUUCCGUUGAUUAAAUCAUCGAUUGUUGAAACAUUCGCCGUUUAUCUUAUUUGGAAUGAUUUUUGUUUUUGAUGAAAGCAAUUUGGGGUUAUUAAACUUUGGAAGGAUUGGUGUUUAUUGAUAUUUGAUUUGGAUAAGAUUAAGAGCUAGGGUUAGGGUUUUCUAUUGGGAAAAUUGAAAGAUUGAGAAUUUGUUGGAUUCUAGGGUUUGAUUUGAAUAUCGUAUAAUAGGUGUGGGGUUAGGAGGAUAAUGUGUAUAUUGUGUGUGAUUCAGAAGUGGUCUCGCCGGGUUGCUACAAUGCUACCUUGGUUAGUUAUUCCACUUAUAGGGCUAUGGGCUUUGUCACAGAUUUUGCCACCGGCCUUUCGAUUUGAAAUCACGUCACCGAGGCUGGCAUGUGUUUUUGUGCUUUUGGUUACUCUAUUUUGGUAUGAGAUUUUGAUGCCUCAGUUAUCAGCUUGGCGUGUGCGUAGAAAUGCACGUCUGAGGGAAAGGAAGAGGUCUGAGGCUAUUGAAUUGCAUAAGUUGAGGAAAACUGCUACGCGGCGAUGUAGAAAUUGCUUGACUGCAUAUAGGGAUCAGAACCCAGGUGGUGGUAGAUUUAUGUGUUCAUAUUGUGGCCAUAUUUCAAAGAGACCAGUCUUGGAUUUGCCUGUGCCACCUGGGGGAUUGGGGAUAUCCAAUUCAGGGAUUAUUAAGGAGCUUGUUGGAAAAGGUGGGAAGAUUUUGAAUGGGAAGGGAUGGUCUGAGAAUGGAUGGAUGUGUGGUCAGGAUUGGUUAGAAAAUGGGAAUUGGGUUAGUGGGUCAAUUGCAGGGAAGUCUAACUAUUGGCGGAAGAAUGGGAGUGGGAUUUUUGGAGGAGAUGAGAACUGUUUGGCAGAGAAGUCUUACUCUGGAGCUGUUAUUUUUGCCUGCAAGUUGUUGACAUCUUUUUUCUUGAGCAUUAGGUGGCUUUUGAGAAAGAUUUUUAGAAUUAGUUCAUCACAUGAAGAUUCUUCGUCUGAUGCAGAUCAUAGAGGGAUGAUGGCUAAGAGGGGUGAAAAUGAGUUAAAUUACCAUGAACGUAGAGGAGAGAAGGCACGCAGAAAAGCUGAGGAGAAGAGACAGGCUAGGUUAGAGAAGGAGCUUUUGGAAGAGGAAGAGCGAAAACAGAGGGAGGAGGUUGCCAGGUUGGUGGAGGAACGUAGGAGACUCAGGGAUGAGAAGAUGGAGGCUGAAAAAGAACGGGGCAUAACUUCACCUUCUGUCAAGGAGAAGGAUAGUAAGAGAGAAGCGGAAAGAAAGCGUCAGGAAAGAAGAAAAGAGAGGGACAAGGGGUCUAGUAAGAGUAACUCUGAUGCAGAAGAACUGGAAAAGAAAGCUGGAAAGGAAAAUGAGCGGAAGCGUGAUUUUGAUAGGAAGAGUGAGAAUGAUCGGCGUGAACAUCAGAAAUUUGGUACAGAUAUUGUCAAGAGCCAUGGCAUGGAAACAGUACAUGGUGGAAAAACUUCUGCAAGUAAUUAUACUCGGGAAAAUGCUGGGACUAGGUACCUGGAUCGUAUGAAAGGUACAUUUUUGUCUUCUUCAAAAGCUUUUAGUGGAGGUAGUUUCUUUGGAAAGGGUGCUAAUAAUCCUGUUACCGUUGCAAAAGAGAACAAGUCUAUUAGUUCAGUAGAUCAUUUUCACCCUUCUGCCCAGAGGAGAGAUUUUUAUCCAUAUGACCGUGCUGGGAAGUUAAUACAUGGAGAUGAUAAAAGCAUCAACCGCCCUGUGCUUGCCGAACCACAACCAAGGACUACAACAAAAAAAUCAUGGCAACAGUUAUUCACACGUUCAUCAUCAGUUCCUGCUACCUCAAAUACUAAUGUCAUUAGUAGACCAAAUCCGAAAUUGCCCACCGAAGUUCAAAGUCCACCAUUACCUGCUCAAUCGUCAGCAAUGCAAACAUUUGAUAAUCCAAUCAAUUUUGGGCUGCCAUCACCAUUUACACUAUCUACCUAUCCGAAUGUUUCCACUGCUAGUAGUUUAGGGUUUUCUCCUGUAAUUGAACCGGUUGGACCUCAUGAAUUUAUACCUGAAGAGACAGAGCUUUUUGAAGAUCCAUGUUAUGUGCCUGAUCCAAUAUCUUUGCUUGGGCCUGUUUCUGAGUCGCUUGAUAAUUUUCAACUGGACCUGGGGGCUGGUUUUGCAAAAGACAUCGGAUCUGAAAGGGCUCAUGCUUUGAAGAAUGCGUCUUUUACCUCUGAAGUCAGUAAGCCAUCUCCGAUUGAGUCUCCAUUGUCACGAUUGCGAGUUGCUGAUGAAAAGCAUAACAAUUCUAAUUGGUUUCCAAGUACACCUAUGGUUCAAGAUAUGCACACAUAUCCAGUGGAUGAUACGAAUGGAACUGAGAAUGGAACAUGGCAGAUGUGGAACACUUCUCCUCUUGGGCAGGAUGGUCUAGGUCUGGUAGGUGGCCCCCCAAGCUGGAUUUUACCCCCAGAACGGAAUAGAUCAAACAAGGAAGACUUUGUGCAUCCUUCUUCUCAAAAGACAAUGGUAUCACUGUUCACAAAAGAGGACCUAGUCCUUUCUGGCACUCAUUCUCCUCAGAAGGUUUUUCUUGGUAGUGGCCAGAAAGGUGGGGCAUUUAGCCCUGUAACUGGUUCAAGUGAUCAUGAUCCGUGGUUACAGAAUACUUUCUUUCGGCCAUUGUCGGCCAAUGACCAGUUUUCUCUCAGAGCACAGGAAGAUAGUACUCAAAAUGAAAUGAUAUAUGGGAGUCCCAGUGGAUCUGCAACUAACCAUUCAUUUGACCUGUCUCCAGCAAAUUGUUGGUCCAAAUUGACCUUUGAAUAUUUAGGCCGACAUUGUCAAGUCUCUGUAGCAUCUGCUGUAUUGAUUAGAACUAAAAUGUCUGCCGCUAACCUGUCUUUAAAGGAAGUAUCUGUUCAGGAAGUGUUUAAAAUCUCACAAUUGUUGUCUGAAUCUUGUUUGGCAGAAAGGAUUGCACGCAGAAAAGCUGAGGAGAAGAGACAGGCUAGGUUAGAGAAGGAGCUUUUGGAAGAGGAAGAGCGAAAACAGAGGGAGGAGGUUGCAAGGUUGGUGGAGGAACAUAGGAGACUCAGGGAUGAGAAGAUGGAGGCUGAAAAAGAACGAGGCAUAACUUCACCUUCUGUCAAGGAGAAGGAUAGUAAGAGAGAAGCGGAAAGAAAGCGUCAGGAAAGAAGAAAAGAGAGGGACAAGGGGUCUAGUAAGAGUAACUCUGAUGCAGAAGAACUGGAAAAGAAAGCUGGAAAGGAAAAUGAGCGGAAGCGUGAUUUUGAUAGGAAGAGUGAGAAUGAUCGGCGUGAACAUCAGAAAUUUGGUACAGAUAUUGUCAAGAGCCAUGGCAUGGAAACAGUACAUGGUGGAAAAACUUCUGCAAGUAAUUAUACUCGGGAAAAUGCUGGGACUAGGUACCUGGAUCGUAUGAAAGGUACAUUUUUGUCUUCUUCAAAAGCUUUUAGUGGAGGUAGUUUCUUUGGAAAGGGUGCUAAUAAUCCUGUUACCGUUGCAAAAGAGAACAAGUCUAUUAGUUCAGUAGAUCAUUUUCACCCUUCUGCCCAGAGGAGAGAUUUUUAUCCAUCUGACCGUGCUGGGAAGUUAAUACAUGGAGAUGAUAAAAGCAUCAACCGCCCUGUGCUUGCCGAACCACAACCAAGGACUACAACAAAAAAAUCAUGGCAACAGUUAUUCACACGUUCAUCAUCAGUUCCUGCUACCUCAAAUACUAAUGUCAUUAGUAGACCAAAUCCGAAAUUGCCCACCGAAGUUCAAAGUCCACCAUUACCUGCUCAAUCGUCAGCAAUGCAAACAUUUGAUAAUCCAAUCAAUUUUGGGCUGCCAUCACCAUUUACACUAUCUACCUAUCCGAAUGUUUCCACUGCUAGUAGUUUAGGGUUUUCUCCGGUAAUUGAACCGAUCUUACCUCGCGUUGGAGACGGACCUCAUGAAUUUAUACCUGAAGAGACAGAGCUUUUUGAAGAUCCAUGUUAUGUGCCUGAUCCAAUAUCUUUGCUUGGGCCUGUUUCUGAGUCGCUUGAUAAUUUUCAACUGGACCUGGGGGCUGGUUUUGCAAAAGACAUCGGAUCUGAAAGGGCUCAUGCUUUGAAGAAUGCGUCUUUUACCUCUGAAGUCAGUAAGCCAUCUCCAAUUGAGUCUCCAUUGUCACGAUUGCGAGUUGCUGAUGAAAAGCAUAACAAUUCUAAUUGGUUUCCAAGUACACCUAUGGUUCAAGAUAUGCACACAUAUCCAGUGGAUGAUACGAAUGGAACUGAGAAUGGAACAUGGCAGAUGUGGAACACUUCUCCUCUUGGGCAGGAUGGUCUAGGUCUGGUAGGUGGCCCCCCAAGCUGGAUUUUACCCCCAGAACGGAAUAGAUCAAACAAGGAAGACUUUGUGCAUCCUUCUUCUCAAAAGACAAUGGUAUCACUGUUCACAAAAGAGGACCCAGUCCUUUCUGGCACUCAUUCUCCUCAGAAGGUUUUUCUUGGUAGUGGCCAGAAUGGUGGGGCAUUUAGCCCUGUAACUGGUUCAAGUGAUCAUGAUCCGUGGUUACAGAAUGCUUUCUUUCGGCCAUUGUCGGCCAAUGACCAGUUUUCUCUCAGAGCACAGGAAGAUAGUACUCAAAAUGAAAUGAUAUAUGGGAGUCCCAGUGGAUCUGCAACUAACCAUUCAUUUGACCUGUCUCCAGCAAAUUGUUGGUCCAAAAAGGAUUGGACUGCUCAGGCUACAGGAGAAGCGGUUGGAAAGUCAUCUGUCUCGAGGCCCCAUAUUGGGGGUUUAUUUCCCAACACAGAUGUACAGUCACUUUGGUCUUUUGAAUGAAAAAGGAGUAUGAGGUUCUUAAAUACACCUCCUAUUCACUAGAGGCAAACAACCUCUUUUGGUGGGAGUUUAGCACACUGAACGAAUUGUAUCUUCCUUCUUCUAUUUUAUAAGGGAGAUUGACAUUUACUUACAUUAGUUUGGAUAGGUAUACACGUGGCAUGCAUUGACUUGUGAAUCAGGUAGCAGCAGCAGCUAGAUAUGUUAAGUUUCUUUAAUUCUUUUUUAACUUCUUUCUGCUGGGGGGAGGGGGUGUCCCCAUUUUAAGGAAAUAUUGUUCUGUGGAGUAUA